CAAAACCAAAAGAGAACACUAGUCACCCACUCCUCUCCUCUCGAGCCUCAGCCUCCACUCUCACCUCUCACGUCUCCAGUCUGACUCACCUCGAGCUUCCGGCGCAACUUCCGUCGAGCCACCGCCGCCGUCACAACUUCCGUUGUGCUAACGUCAGCUAGCUCUAUUCGCUCGCAGCCACGAAGUCAGCCUUCGAAAAUCGCAGCCACCGCAGGGGAGGAGGGAGCCUCUGAUGCGUCGCCGCCGUGCCUCCAUCGCUGCCAAUCCAUCACCGCCGCUGCUAGGGUUUGUUGGAGCUGCGCAAAGCCAUCGUCGUCGCUGUCACGUGAGGAAGGAAGCGAGAGAGACCGAAGCUGCGAGAGAGACCGCCGCUGCUAGGAAAAAAGAACGAACCGCAUCAACAACAAGAAGGAGGAGGAGGAGGAGAAGAAGAAGAAACGGCGUCAUAUAGAUACGUAGAUGUUAUGGCUACAAAGCUAGAGUAUCUGUCUUCCAUUGCAGAGGACGUUCUUAAGAGAUGUGCACAGAAACUGGAAAUUCCAGUAGAGGGAUUGGUGGAAGAAUUUGAAUCAGGAUGGAACCCAGAUGAGGGAGACUACUGCAAAAAAUUAGUGGAAUUUUGCAGUAGCAAGACUCUAUGUCAAAAAAUGUGCCAGGAUAGCAUACAGGAAAAGAUCAACGAUGGCUCAUUUAGCAGGUUGACCUAUGAUAUGAUGCUUGCUUGGGAGAGACCUAGAUACUAUGAUGAAGACGGCACGGAAUCUGUAGCAAAGGAGCACGAAGAAAGGAUAGCUCGAAAAGCCACUCAAGAACAGGAAGAUAUCCCUCUUUUUUAUUCAGACAUCAUGCCUCUACUUGUUACUAAUGAGGCCAGUGUUGGAGAAGAUGCAUUUGUGUGGAUGGGAUCACAAUUUCCUUUAGUAGCAGAUGUUGCAAAUGGAAGGUUUACUUUUGAAACUCUAACAGCACCAACAGGGCUCCGACUACACCAUCCGGCAUACGAUAUAUUCUUAAAAAAUAUGGACAAGUGCAUACAGCAUUUGCAGAAUCAGACAAAGCCAAAUGGUGUGGAACUGGCCGAUGACGAAUACAUAUUACAUGUCGAAGGAACAGCAAGCUCCCAGAGAGUCGUUCGCCACGUUGGGACGACAAGUUGGCCUGGUAGGCUAACUCUGACCAACUAUGCUCUUUACUUCGAGGCCUCGGGAAUAAUAAAUUACGAAGAUGCUAUAAAAAUGGACCUCUCCAAGGAUGUCGAGCAGAGUGUAAAACCAGCUGCCACAGGUCCCUGGGGAGCUCAACUUUUUGACAAGGCCAUAAUCUAUGAAUCAUCUGAUUUAUCAGAGGAGAUUGUACUAGAGUUUCCAGAACUCACAAGUUCCACGAGGCGCGAACAUUGGCUAGCACUGAUAAGGGAAAUAAUGUUUCUCCACCAGUUUUUAUCGAAGUACAAUAUCAAUGGUCCAAUCCAAGCAUGGGAGAUUCAUGCAAGGACAAUAUUGGGAAUCAUAAGGCUUCAUGCAGCCAGAGAAAUGCUAAGAAUAUCACCACCUGUCCCAACGAAGUUCCUAAUAUUCUCCUUAUACCACGAGCUGCCAAAGGGAGAUUAUGUUCUCGAAGAAUUCGCGGAUAGCCUCAAGAAGGUCAAUAGCGGACACUCAUGUAGCGCAAGCUCAAUCCUUAGAAUUAUGAACAUGUAUAGGUCCAUACCUUCUGAUGAAAUAGUAGAGAAGCCAAGUCAAGAAGUUGAAAGUAGCGCCAGUGCUUUAGAAGAUAGUCCUUCCUUGAAGACAGCUAUCAAACAAUCAAGGGAGGAAGAAAAUGAAGUUCUCAUCGCGAAAGCUAUGACUGAAGAAUUAAAGGAUGAUGGUGUCAUCGACAGCGUUAUGGUUCUUACAGAACUAUUAAAACCACUCAAACAUGUAGUCCCAUGGGUUCAAGGAAUCUUCGCUUGGGAAAGGCCAAUAAAUACUGUUGCUGUUCUUGUUCUAUCUCUCAUAAUCACUUAUAUACCUUGCAGGGAGUGGGUUGGUAAGGCAAUCGCGUGUUUCUUGAUAUGGGUGAUAGUAAAGAUGUUUUGUUCGGAUUCGAUGCCUUCUUCCGAACUCAUGGGCUACAUAUCAAACCCACUGGUCUGAGUUACAAAGGGCAGUUUUUGCCUUUUACAGGGAUACAAAGUAUCCUUGAAAUUCAAGAAGCUCCAGAAGAAUAUAAGGAGAUCCAACAGUUACUCCUCAGUGCUUGCUGUGAUAGUCAUGAUCAAUUCAACCACCCUGCUCCUUUAUGGAAAAAUCCAGAAUUUUAUGUUCGACUCCCCUUCAAAAAGAAUGAAGACAUCAACCCUACAAAGGCCACUCAUUCAGGCAUGUCAAGCAUUCUAUGUUGAAAAAAGAGUCGAGCAAAAUAGAGGAAAAAAGAGGCUUGUCAUUGAUUAUAAGCCACUUAAUGUCUUCUUACAAGACGACAAGUUUCCUCUACCAAGAAUCUCAGUUAUUACACAGAGAUUAAGUGGAGCAAAAAUAUUCAGCAAGUUUGACUUGAAAACUGGAUUUUGGCAAAUUGGGCUCCAUCCUGAAGAUAGGUAUAAAACAGCGUUCUGUAUACCUGAAGCCCAAUACCAAUGGACGGUAAUGCCAUUUGGACUCAAAGUAGCCCCCUCUCUCUUCCAAAAAAGCAAUGACCAAAAUCUUUGAGCCCAUACUACAUUCCACACUAAUCUACAUUAAUGACAUCUUACUGUUUUCAAAAGACAGUGAAGCCCAUAAGGCACUUCUGGCCCAAUUCACUCAGAUCAUCAAAGACCAGGGAAUCAUGCUAUCAGCAAAAAAGAGCUCUAUUGCUAAGAUAAAAAUUGAAUUCCUUGGGAUGAUUUUCGAAAAUGGAUUUUUCCAACCAGGGGAUCACCUCGCCAAAGAGUUAAUCCAUUUUCCUGAUGAAAACUUGACAGUCAAACAAGUCCAACAAUUCUUGGGAAUCGUCAACUACAUCAGAGACUUUAUCCUAGAUGUGAUCAGACACACCAGCCAGCUGUCAAAACUCCUAAAAAAGAAGCUCCCACCAUGGGGACCUGAGCAAUUCACAGCUGUCAAAAUCCUGAAGAAGAUAGCACAAGACCCCACCUUUAAAGAUUCCCAGCACAGGAAAAAGAAUAUUGCAAACAGAUGUUACUGAUGAAUUCUGGGGAGUUGUGCUACUUGAAGAGAUUGAUGGGACGAGACACUAUUGCGCGCAUGCUAGUGGACAGUUCAAAGAAUCUGAAAAACAUUACCAUGCCACUUACAAAGAGAUUCUUGCUGUUAAAAGGGGAAUAGAGAAAUUCAAUUUCCAUCUCAGUGCUUAUCAUUUCACUGUAGAAAUGGAUAACACAUCUUUCCCAUUAAUGUUAGAAAUCAAGAAAAAAAUUCUGCCA